UCCCACUUCGCUCUAGCUCCACCCCCGCGGAAGAGCUCGGCGUUUCCCGCCCGGGCUCCGCCUACCGGUAUCUGCAAAACCCGCGUAGCCGCGGGCUCCAUCCACCCGGAACUUGCACCUCCCUCCUCAGCACUGCGCGCCCGGAACCUGCGUCGCUCGCUCCGCCCAGACUCCGCCUACCCAACCUUGGCUCCACCACCCGGGAACUGCACCAGCUGCCCCGGGCUCCGCCCCGAAAACCCUCGCGGCCUGGCGUGCGCCGGCUCCUCCCCCGAAUCCUGCACACGGGGCUGGUCCAGUGGGCCCGCCUGUGGCCUGUCCCCUGGCCGAAUCCAGCCUGCCAUGGAGGGGGAUGUCCCCGCCGCUGCAGCCGCCUGCUACCAGCCGGCCAGCCCCCCGCGGGACGCCUGUGUCUACAACAGCUGCUACUGAUGUUGGCUGAGUGCCUGCUGUGCCCCAGGGGUCCUUUCCUUCUGCCUGCUUCUCUGAUCUCAGCCCAUCACCGUGAAGAAAAUAUUUGGAAGCUUUGUGAAUACAUCAAAAACCAUGACCAGUAUCCUUUAGAAGAGUGCUACGCUGUCUUCAUAUCUAAUGAGAGGAAGAUGAUACCUAUCUGGAAACAACAAGCAAGACCUGGAGAUGGACCUGUGAUCUGGGAUUACCAUGUUGUCCUGCUUCAUGUCUCAAGUGGUGGACAGAGCUUCAUUUAUGAUCUUGACACUGUCCUGCCAUUUCCCUGUCCUUUUGACACUUACGUGGAAGAUGCAUUUAAGUCUGAUGAGGACAUCCAUCCACAGUUUAGAAGGAAAUUUCGAGUGAUCCGUGCAGAUUCGUAUUUGAAGAACUUUGCUUCUGACCGAUCUCACAUGAAAGAUUCCAGUGGGAACUGGAGAGAACCUCCUCCAUCAUAUCCCUGCAUCGAAACUGGAGAUUCCAAAAUGAACCUGAAUGAUUUUAUCAGCAUGGAUCCUGAGGUAGGAUGGGGAGCUGUCUACUCCCUGUCUGAAUUUGUACAUCGGUUUGGCAGUCAGAACUACUGAAAGGGACAUCUGGAUGUAAACUAUGGAGAAAUUCUAGGACAUGAACAGUCCAUCUCUUCAUUUGGGACAGCAAACACUAUGGUACAUUUGGCUUGGAAUUAUAUUUUCUUCUUUUAAUUCAGUUGAGUUGAAACAUGAAUGAACAAAAAAAUUAAUAAAAAUAAUUUUUUUGAGGGG